AUGGGGAGCGAGGCACAGUUUGACGCGGCAUUAGAUCUUCUGCGCCGACUGUCGCCAUUGAAAGUAUCCGAGAACCUCAACGCAAUCACGACCCUCGUCCCCGAUCUGACUGAAGAUUUGUUGUCCUCCGUCGACCAACCAUUGUCCUCGGCACGAUGCAAAAAGACUGGGCGCGAUUACCUAUUAUGCGACUACAACCGAGAUGGCGACUCUUACCGAAGCCCCUGGAGCAACGAAUUCGACCCGCCGCUCGACGACGCGACAUACCCCAGUGACCGGGUGCGAAAGAUGGAAGUGGAGGCCAACACUGCAUUCGACGUCUACAGACAAAUGUACUACGAAGGCGGCACGGGCAGCGUGUAUCUGUGGGAUCUGGACGACGGAUUCGCCGGAGUCACUUUACUAAAGAAGAGCGGUGGCCAGGAUGCAGGCUGGGACAGCAUCCAUGUGUUUGAGGUGGACGAGAGGAGAGGCAGUGGACGCACAUGUCACUACAAAUUGACCAGCACGGUAAUUCUGCAUCUGGGCCGUGAAAGCGAGGCUGUGGGCUCGUUGAACCUGGCGGGAAGCAUGACCAGACAGGUCGAGGCUGAUUUGGUGGUCGAGAGUGUAGGCGCCCAAGGCAAAGACGGCGGACAUGUGUGCAAUAUUGGUCGGCUGGUGGAAGAUAUGGAGGGCAAGAUGCGGAAUAUGUUGCAGGAAGUGUACUUUGGGAAAGCGAAGGAUGUCGUGGGCGACCUUAGGAGCGUGGCUUCGUUGACUGGUGUUAAUCAGGAAAGACAGGCUCAGAAAGAGGUUAUUUCCAGCAUGGGCGGUGGGAAGUGA